AUGCCUGGCGAAGGCAAGAACGAUAAGGUGGAUCAUGCCGCCCUGGAUGUCUUGUUCGAUGACGACACCUCUGUUCACAGCAUUGAAGGCCCAGGCACGCCGCAGAGUUCCUUGUCCCAGAAGAUGCAACCUGGGGUCCAUCAAUCACUGCUCGCGCUGAAAUCCCACCUCAGUGUGAAGGAGGACAUGCCCAAGGUGGUGCAUGUGCCUUUGGAGGAUCACUACACGCGAACGUCCGAUCUUGGCUCCGGCAGGUUUGCCCAGGUUGCAUGUGUGAUCCACAAGGACUCGAAGAGAAAGUAUGCUGCAAAGAUCAUGGGGAAAGACCAUGAUGGAGACGUAGAAUUGGCAAUGAUCCGCCGGCUAGAUCACCAGCACAUCCUCAGACUCCACGAAACGUGCUUGGAUUCGGGGCAGAUGUACCUGAUUCUGGAUCUCUGCACAGGCGGAGAUCUGUUCCAGUGGAUGCAGGAGCGUGAAGAGUCGUACUUCGGCCAGUCUAUCUACAUGCCGCCUUCCGCGCAGGUCUUGGCGCAGUGCAUAUGGCAGCUGCUCAGUGCUGUUGUGUAUCUGCACCACCACAAGAUCGCCCAUCGCGACAUCAAGCCAGACAAUUUGCUGCUGCAAAGCAACGGCAAUCCCUUGGUUUGGAAGCUGUCGGAUUUCAACCUGGCGACGAUCUAUCAGAGGGGAAAGCUUAUGAGCUUGCGGUGUGGUUCUCCAGGCUACAUGGCCCCGGAGGUUGUCUGCAAUUCGUACAGCUGCCUUUGUGACAUCUGGAGUGUGGGUGCUAUCUGCCACAAGAUGGCAACCGGCGAAUAUCUCUAUACCUUCACCUCAGUGGAGGAAUACUAUGAGCAGGCCAAGGGAGGGGCAUCCACGAUGAAGCUCUCCGAGCAGAAGUGGAGCAAUUUUAGUCCAAAGGCCUUGUCUUUCGUCAAGGAGCUGUUGCGUCCAGAGUCCGAAGCACGACCGACCGCGCUACAGGCCAUCGGCAAUGAGUGGCUCAGAAAAAACGGAGAUCCCUCUGCAUCUGCUGGAUGCUGCACGGUCCUUUGA